CGUCUCCAUCAACAACCGCACCUCAAGAUUACCCACACCACCAAACGACCCGAGCAUGACCUCCCAUCGGUGACCAGCACCAUGUCAGAGCUCGCGGUUGGGCAGAAAAUCCAGCUGAGCGACGGCCGCAAUGGCACGAUCCGCUUCGUCGGGCAGACCAGCUUCGCCCAGGGCGACUGGGUCGGCAUCGAGCUCGACGACGGCUCCGGCAAAAACGAUGGCAGCGUGCAGGGCGAGCGCUACUUUGACUGCCCCAUGGGCUAUGGCAUGUUUGUGCGACCGACAACCGUGACCGUGAUCGCCCAACCGCCGCCUCCGCAACCCAAACCCGCCGCCGCCGCCAGAAGGCCUUCGUCGCGUCCCAGCAGCAUGUUCUCGUCGACUUCUGCACGCGGCCCUACCCCAUCCGACUCGGGUCUUAUGAAGAGGAUGAGCCAGAAUGCGCCAAGCCCAAGUCCGGUGCCUAGGCAGUCACGCUCGCUCAGUGUCCGAUCUCCUACAAAGUCUCCGACGAAACAGUUAGGCAUCGCUCCGUCGAGUGCAGGCUCAUCACGGACUGGCACCCCCUCCAAUGCCAAACCCGGCGCGGGCGCGAGACCCCGUCCCUCCGUCUCAGGAGGCCGAGCCUCCAUGGCACCGCCGCCAAUGCCAGCAGCUAGACCUCCCCGACAGGUCUCAACUGCUUCUGCGCCUAGGGCCGGCGCCACAGCUACGAGGCCUGUAAGUGGUCGAUUAUCGUCGGCACCAGCAAGGCCAGGCCAACUCCGGCCGGCUAGCGGGAGGCAUGGUUCCUCGGGCUCCUUGUCAGGCGUGGAGAAUCCCAGGGCUCCGGGAAAACGCAGCAGUGGAAGCACUGAUUCACCCCGGAGGAGCAGCGACGAGGAGAUUCUCUCCCCGCAGCCUACCAGCCCUGUCCAUCUCCGAACCGCGGCUCUAGAGAAACUAGCCGGUUCAACCCCAACGGCAACAGCAGCUGCUAGGUCGCCUGCGACAACUACCGCACCGUCACGCCCUUCUCUCAACGCCGCGGCAGCAAACAAGGAGAUCGAAGACCUAAAAGCCAAGCUUCGCGUUCUGGAAAAGAAGAGGAUUGAGGAUCGUGAGAAACUCAAUACCUUGGAGAAGGUCAAGGGGGAGCGCGACAAGUUUGAACGCAUCAUUCAAACGCUACAAAUCAAGUACCAACCCCAGCAGCAGGAGAUUGCCGACCUGAAGAGGCAGCUCAAAGAGGCCGAGACUCGUCUCUACAAUGUCGAAGAGAUCCAGGCCGAGCACGAGUCCGCUAUGGAACUUGCCACGCUUGACCGCGAAAUGGCUGAGGAGAUGGCCGAGGUGUACAAGACCGAGCUUGAUGCCCUCAAGCAGAAAACCGAAGAGUUGGAGCUCGAGGUGGAAAUCCUUCGCGAAGAGAACGCCGAGCUCACCAAGGGUGUGUCGACCGAAGAGAGGUCCAGCGCCGGCUGGCUGCAACUAGAGAGAAACAACGAGCGCCUUCGCGAGGCACUCAUCCGCCUGCGGGAUCUGUCACAGGAGCAGGAAGAGGAGCUCAAGGACCAGAUCAAGGGCCUGGAGGAGGACCUCCGCGAAUUUGAAACCGUCAAGGAGCAGUACGCCACGUGCAAAGAAACCCUUACGCAGACGGAGGCCGCUGUCGAGGAUCUUCGCGAGCAGUUGAACAACGCCCUCGGCGCAGAGGAUCUGAUUGAAAGUUUGACCGAGCAGACGAUGAACCAGGCCGAGGAGAUUAAGGAACUCAAAGCUGUCAUCGACGAUCUCGAGGCCCUGAAGGAAAUCAACGACGAGCUCGAGGUCAACCAUGUGCAGAAUGAGAAGGAGCUGCAGGAAGAAAUCGAGCUCAAGGACGCUGUCAUUACCGAGCAGCUCCGGCAGGCAGCCCAGCAGAAGGAGACAAUGGAGGACAUGGAGUACACGCUGUCGAGAUUCAGGCAGCUGGUUACCAGUCUGCAGAGCGACCUGGAAGACAUGCGCGCCUCACAUGCAGUCACCGAGAACGAGUCGGAGCAGCUCAACAGCCGAUCCAGGGCCAUGAUGGAUCUGAACUUGAAGCUGCAGCUCUCGGCCGCCAAGGCCCAGGUCAAGACGAUCGAUCUGGAACUGCGUCGCAUGGAGGCCCAGGAGGCCGAACAGCACCUCGAGAUCGUCAAGCUGUUCUUACCCGACACCUAUCAGACCGACAGAGACUCGGUCCUCGCACUGCUGAGAUUCAAGAGGUUGGCCUUCAAAGCGAACCUGCUCAACGGCUUUAUCAAGGAGCGCGUCAAUGGACAGCCGCACCCAGGCCACGAAGACGACGUGUUUGAGGGCUGCAGCGCCGUCGACAAGCUGACGUGGGUGUCUUGCAUGUGCGACCGCUUUGUCAACUCCAUCAGCCACUGCUCGCUCGAGCAGUUUGCCAAGUACGAAGGCGCUCUCUACGAGCUGGAGCCUGUCGAGAGGGCAUUGAACGGCUGGAUCGACGGUCUAAGGCGGGACGAUCUGAAGGAGAAGCAGUGUGCUGCUGAGCUGCAGCGGACGAUUGCCCUCAUGACUCACCUUGGCGAGGUGCACAUCUCCAACGACCUGCAGAGCUUUGCUGACGACAUCCACAUGCAAGCGUUGCUCAUGCAGAGCCACCUGGAAUCUGCUGCCGUCGCAUUCACCACCACGAGGUCGAUGGUGCAGAGAGUUGUACCGCCAAGCGAGGAUGAGGAUGAGCUCAGCCAAUACUUCUCCAAGAAGGCCGAGGCCGUCGUCACGCAGACACGCAGCACAAAGGUCCUUGCUAGCAAAACGAUCCGCGCUCUAGAGGAUCUCAGGACACGAUCCCUGUCACUCAGUCCUGAGACGAUGGAGGUGUUUGAGCGCUGCCAGUCGGCAACAGCAGAGUUGGCCGACAUGGCGCGGAGGAUCGGCCUGGAUCUCCACCAGCUCCUACACGAGGAGGGCAGGACCGAGCCAUACACAUAUGCCGAGGUGCAGGCGUGCGUUCAAAAGACGGCCAUGUCUGCCUUUGGCACAAACGAGACGGACCUCUUCUCGACUUACCUCAACAAGCUGCGCGCCGUGACCUCGCAGAUCUCGGACCUUGCGGCCGUCAGCACCGACCUGGACCAGACGACGGAGUUUGAGCGCAGCCCGACCCCCUGGUUGCUCCGCAGCCAAGAACUGAAAGCGCUCAAGAACGUCCCCGUCGACACCGAAGCCGAGAUCCGCCGCCUCAAGGACGACAUCAACGACGCCCGCCGCGCCAUCGCCCUCCGCGAAGAGGACCUCAGCACGGCGCAGGUCAAGAUCGAGACGCUCGAAUCGCGCAUGCGUGACGCGCACGCCAAGGCUUCGCGCAUUACCGAACUUGAAGCGCAGAUUGCGGCAGCCAAGGAGCAGGCCGCGAAUCUGUCAGAUAACCUCAAGAAGCAGGACCGCGAGCUCAAAGCGCUCGAGCAGGACCGAGACAAGUGGAAGCAAGUCGCCAGCAACAGCCGGGUGGUUACCGCCGGCGACGCCGAUGCCAGUACUGGCGAAGGGGCCCGGGCCAGCCGGGAACGCGCCGUCGCCACGGCGCGUGAAAUGGAUGCGCUCAAGAGCGAGAUCGAGGCCCUGCAGGCCGCCGUGCGCUACCUGCGCGAGGACAACCGCCGCGCUAGACUGACGGAGCAGGCCAGCUACGCGUGGCUUGCGGAACCGCUGACGAAGAAGCCUUCGCCGGCUGAGCAGCGUCGCGCUAUGGUUGCUGCGGAGAGUAAGGCUGUGUUGGGUGAGUUGGUCAAUUUGGCGGCGAAUGCAAGGGUUUUUGAUUUGGAGGCCGUGGUGAAGGAGGAGAAGAAGGGGAGGUGGAAGCCCGCGAGGGAGACGCCGCAGUUUCAUGCUGCGAGGCAGAUGGAGGAUUGGGUGGUGUGGAAGGGGUGGGCGGGGGAGGUGGUUAGGAAGGGAAGGGCGGUGGUGGCGGGUAGGUCUUCUGAUGUGGUGAGGAAUGGGAAGGAAGCUGCCAAGAGGAGGGCGGUGACGGCUAAGUUGCAGAUCCGGCUGCCGGGGUUGGGGAUGAUGGGGGUGGAUGGCAAGGUGACUGGCUCUGGUUCACACUGGGGCAGGGAGGUGCAGAUUGUGGGCUCGAGGGAGUGGGAGAGUUUGCAAGGGCAUGGGCAGUUGGUUGUUUGAUGUCUGGUGUCUGAGGAAGAGAUUGUGAGGGCAGAAGUGAAGUGUAGGCUUUGAGGAUUAUACCCCAGUAGAGUUAGAGAGGGGAGGAUUGGUUAAUGGAGCGUGUUUAGCAGGU